AUGGGAAGUUCUUUGGAUCUGUCCUCCUUGGUCCUGACCCAGCAGAGAAACAGCAGAAAACAGUGUCCUAGCAAUAGGGAAUCACAAAAUCUGACACUUGUCUCAGAAUUCUACCUCAUGGGAUUCUAUGUGGACCCAGAACAUCAGUCUGUCCUCUUUGGACUGUUCCUGUCCAUAUACUUGGUGUCUGUCCUUGGGAACCUACUCAUCAUCCUGGCUGUCAUCUCUGAUUCCCAUCUCCACACCCCCAUGUAUUUCUUCCUCUCCAACUUGUCCUGGGCUGAUAUGGGUUUAAUCUCUACUACAGUCCCAAAUUUUAUUGUGAGCAUCCAAAUCCACAGCAGAGUCAUCUCCUAUGUCAGCUGUCUCACUCAGAUGUCUUUUUAUAUCACUUUUGCAUGUAUGGAUGGCAUGCUUCUGACUGUGAUGGCCUAUGACCGAUUUGUGGCCAUCUGCCAUCCCUUGAAUUAUCAUGUCAUCAUGAACCCUCGUCUUUGUGUCACUUUACUUCUGGUGUCUUUUUUACUUAGCUUUCUGGAGACCCAGCUACAUCUUUUGGUUGCAUUACAGAUGACCAACUUCAAGGAUGCUGAAAUUGCUAACUUCUUCUGUGACCCUUCUCAGGUCCUUAAUCUUUCUUGUUAUGACACCUUCACAAAGAGCAUAGUUCAAUAUUUAGUUAGUAUCGUGUAUGGUAUGUUUCCCAUGUCAGGGAUCCUUUUUUCUUACUACAAAAUUGUGUCCUCCAUUCUGAGCAUGCCAUCCUCAAGUGGGAGGUCUAAAGCCUUCUCCACCUGUGGGUCUCACCUCUCAGUGGUUUUCUUAUUUUGGGGAACAGGUAUUGGUGUGUAUAUUGGAUCCAUUCUUUCACAUUCUUCUGGAAACAGUGCUGUGUCCUCAAUCAUGUACUCUGUGGUCACCCCUAUGCUGAAUCCUUUCAUCUACAGCCUGAGGAACAGAGACAUUAAAAGUGCCCUGAGAAUGUUCCACAAUGGAAUAAUUUAA